AUGGCUGGCCGACCAGUGUCCUCCCUCGAGGCAGCCCUCGAGGAGGAGCGGGCCGAGAUUGAGAACCUCAUUCUUCAGCAAAAGGCACGAAGCCCGCCAUCAUCGAUCAGCAUGCGCUCGCCGUCACCCUAUGCUAGGAUCCCACAGUCUCCUGUGCGCAGCAUGCUUGACGUUGGAGGCUCGGACACGACGAGAAAAAGCCCCUCCCAAGCACCAUACCGCAGCAUGCUUGAUCUUGAUGCAGGGUCGUCAAGAAGGCCGUCAAGUAUGUUGGAUGUGGGUGAGCCUACCUCGGCAGCUCCACGGUCGCCUAUGCUGCCGCACAGCACUCAUACAUCUCCCACGCUUUCAUACAAGACUCCAAUCUUGCCAACAGCCCGCAAUAGAAGCGCCUCUGACGCCUCGGCGAAACCAGUCGACUUUGGCCCGCGGUCGCCACCCGCACUGAAUCCUAGAUAUGAUUCCAUGUCUGCCUACCAGUUUAGCAACAUAUUACCAACCAAUGUUGGCCAGGCCCACCCUUCCCGACGAACACAAGGUUCUAGCAAUGCCCGUUCGAGUUCCAUCGGUGAGGCAUUGAGAGGUACCGAUAUCUCGAGUCUGAUGAUACCCGGCGAAGGACGCAGCAGCAGGUUCUCGAGCCGCAAGGGCAACAAAUCCAAGUCUCCAAGCGGACGCUUCUCCCUGCGGUCAAGCUCACCAGGCGGAAGCUUACUCGCCAACUCGGCUGGCCGUAGCUCUGGAGGACUCGUCCUGGACAGCAACGGGCAAGUGAUUGAUAUGAACAGCGCGUAUCGCCGGCUGUCAGAUGCCAACCUGCUCUACGGCGGCUCGAACCUUGCAUCCUAUGCAAGGAAAAAGCCAGAAGGCGAGGGCCUCGGGCGUAUCGAGAAGGACAACAUGAGCCCUUAUGGAGACAUCUUGCCCUCGGAUGAGAGUGAUGACACUGGCAACAGCUCCGACGAGGAAGCAGAUCGAGGUAGAAAGCUUACUACUAGAGCUGAGGAGAAGACUGGUGUGCCUCAACGUCGCGUGCAAAGUCUUCUUGCAGCUGCGGAGGAAGAGAGGCAACACGUGUCAACGCAACCACAGUAUCGAUCUUUGUUCGAUGAUGCAGAGACUCAUAUAGCUCGCUCGGAGAACAAGGCAAAAGCAAAGAACGGCAAGCAGCCAGUUCACCCUAGCACGAGUUUUGAUGAGAUGACACCGUCGGGCAACCUGACUCCCGCUUUGGAUCCGGACCUGGAGGCCGACGUGUCUGCCAUUCGUGUUGCACAGAAUCUCGCCCUGAGCCAUACAGGAAUUAUAUCAACACCUGAAGUGCACAGAUCGAUCAAAAUCAUAUAUCGCGGGGAGUUUGACAGGAUCCAACGCGAGGCGGCAGAGGAGCACCGCCGGCUUCGGAAAUAUCUUGUCGCGACAGAUCUCAGCGACGAAUCGACCCAUGCUCUCGAGUGGGCGAUCGGAACUGUUCUUCGCGAUGGAGAUACUCUCCUGGCCCUAUACUCGAUCGAUGAGGAAACAGCUAGCUCUGCAGACCCAAAUUCGAUCAACCUGGAGGACGCGAGAGCUCUGAAAGAGCAGGCGGCUGCAGUCAGCGCGAUCGCCAAAGGUGCCAUGGGAAGGCCACCUGGGUCGAACACAGGUAGCCCGCAUGCACUCCACGCCAUCAUGCGCGAAGCUCGCAGUGCAACACCUUCGCCUGCGCCUAGCAUGAGAGGGAAGGGCCGACUCGAGGAGGAACGUGAGCGCGCGGUUCAGGACAUCACAGAACGUGUUUCCAAGUUGCUUCGAAAGACGCAGCUCCAAGUGCGGGUCAUCAUUGAGGUCAUCCACUGCAAAAGCCCUAAGCAUCUUGUGACAGAGGUCAUCGAUCUGGUGAGCCCGACGCUGGUCAUUAUCGGCAGCCGGGGUCGGAGCGCUCUGAAGGGCACCUUGUUGGGCUCGUUCUCAAACUAUCUUGUCACCAAAAGUUCCGUGCCGGUCAUGGUCGCGAGGAAACGGUUAAGGAAGAAGAGCAAGUAUCAAGCUCCACCAGCGAAGCAAAUCAACAACCUUGCCAACCCGGCGGCACGCAGCCUUGAGACAGCGCGCAUCGACUAG